AUGAGCUUAGAGAAUGAAGACAAGCGGGCCAGGACGCGAUCCAAGGCCCUCCGAGGACCCCCAGAGACUGCAGGCCCUGACCUCAGCUGUCCCACCCCAGGAUGCACAGGAUCUGGACAUGUCCGGGGCAAGUACUCCAGGCACCGCAGUUUACAGAGUUGCCCACUGGCCAAGAAGAGGAAGCUGGAGGGCACGGAGGCCGAGCACCUGGUGUCUAAGAGGAAGUCUCACCCCCUGAAGCUGGCUCUGGACGAGGGCUACAGUGUGGACAGUGAUGGCAGCGAGGAGGCCGAGGUGAAGGAAGCCUCUGUUUCGGAUGAAUCAGAAGGAACUCUGGAGGAGGCUGAGGCCGAGAUGCUGGGACAGGAGGAGAUUCAUCGUCCUGAGCCAGCUGAAGGAAGGAGCCCUGUCAAGUCCCAUUUUGGACCUAACCCCAUCGGCAGUCCCACUGGCUCCUCCAAGGGCAGCUACAGCAGCUGCCAGGGAAUCAUCGCAACUUCUCUCCUCAACCUGGGCCAAAUUGCUGGAGAGACCCUGGUGGGGGAGGACUCGGGCCAGGUGGCCAAGACGGGCCCCAGUGUUUUGCACCUGCUUCAGGAGGAGGUUGUGGAGGGGGCCACCAGUGACGAGGGGGAGAAAGAUCUCUUUAUCCAGCCAGAGGAUGCAGAGGAAGUCAUUGAAGUCACCAGUGAGCGUUCCCAGGAGCCGUGUCCCCAGUCCCUGGAGGACGAGGCCAGCGAGGAUUCCAGCAAGCAGAAAGGUGUCCUGGGCCAUGAGGAGGAGGAAGAGGAGGAUGAGGAGGAAGAGGAGGAAGAAGAAGAGGAAGAGGAGGAGGAGGAGGAGGUGGAGGAGGAGGAAGAGGAGGAGGAGGAGGAGGAGGAGGAAGAAGGGGAGGAGGAGGCCACUCCUGAGGUGAUCUUUGAGGAGGAUGCCUCCCAUAACUCUGCCCAGAAGUCCCCCGAGCCCCGGCGCCUAGAGCUGCCCAGUCCCAAGCCUGAGUACUCCGUCAUUGUGGAGGUCCGCUCUGAUGAUGACAAGGAGGAGGAUGCAGGGUCCCAGAAGUCAGCGGUCACGGAUGAGUCGGAGAUGUACGAUAUGAUGACCCGAGGGAACCUGGGCCUUCUGGAGCAGGCCAUCGCCCUGAAGGCUGAACAGGUGCGCACCGUCUGUGAGCCAGGCUGCCCGCCUGCUGAGCAGGGCCAGUUGGGCCCAGGUGAGCCCGGGAAGUCGGCCAAGCCCCUGGAUGCUGUGCGGAAGAGCUGCUACAGUAAAGAUGCUUCAAGAGCUGAGAAGCGUGAGAUCAAGUGUCCAACACCAGGUUGUGAUGGCACUGGCCAUGUUACUGGGUUGUAUCCUCACCACCGCAGCCUGUCUGGCUGUCCCCAUAAGGACAGGAUCCCCCCAGAGAUCUUGGCCAUGCAUGAGAAUGUGCUGAAGUGUCCCACUCCUGGCUGCACGGGCCAGGGCCAUGUGAACAGCAACCGCAACACACAUAGAAGUUUGUCUGGGUGUCCCAUUGCUGCUGCUGAAAAAUUAGCCAAAUCUCAUGAGAAGCAGCCACCACAGACAGGAGAUCCUUCCAAGAAUAGCUCCAAUUCAGAUCGGAUCCUCAGGCCCAUGUGCUUUGUGAAGCAGCUUGAGGUCCCUCCUUAUGGGAGCUACCGGCCCAACGUGGCUCCUGCCACACCGAGGGCCAACUUGGCCAAGGAGCUAGAGAAGUUCUCCAAGGUCACCUUUGAUUACGCAAGUUUUGACGCUCAGGUUUUUGGCAAACGUAUGCUUGCCCCAAAGAUUCAGACCAGCGAAACCUCACCCAAAGCCUUCCAAUGCUUCGACUACUCACACGACGCUGAGGCUGCGCACAUGGCCGCCACUGCCAUCCUGAACCUCUCCACCCGCUGCUGGGAGAUGCCAGAGAACCUCAGCACCAAGCCACAGGACCUACCCAGCAAGUCUGUGGACAUUGAGGUGGAUGAAAAUGGAACACUGGACUUGAGCAUGCACAAGCGCCGCCAGCGGGAGGGAGCUUUCCCUAGCAGCAGCAGCUGCAGCAGCAGCCCUGGUGUCAAGUCUCCCGACACCUCCCAGCGCCAGAGCAGCACCAGUGCUCCCAGCAGCUCCAUGACCUCGCCCCAGUCCAGCCAGGCCUCCCGUCAGGAUGAGUGGGACCGGCCCCUAGACUACACUAAGCCCAGCCGUCUACGAGAAGAGGAGCCUGAUGAGUCAGAGCCAGCAGCACAUUCUUUUGCUUCUUCUGAAGCAGAUGACCAGGAGGUGUCAGAAGAGAACUUUGAAGAGCGGAAGUACCCAGGAGAAGUCACCCUGACCAACUUCAAGCUGAAGUUUCUCUCUAAGGACAUAAAGAAGGAGCUGCUCACUUGUCCCACCCCUGGCUGUGACGGCAGUGGCCACAUCACUGGGAACUAUGCCUCCCACCGCAGCCUCUCUGGUUGCCCUCUUGCUGACAAGAGCCUCAGAAACCUCAUGGCUGCCCACUCUGCUGACCUCAAGUGCCCCACACCGGGCUGUGACGGCUCUGGCCAUAUAACAGGGAACUACGCUUCACAUCGGAGCUUGUCAGGCUGCCCACGUGCCAAGAAGAGUGGACUUAAGGUGGCACCCACCAAGGAUGACAAGGAGGACCCUGAGCUGAUGAAGUGCCCGGUUCCAGGCUGUGUGGGGCUUGGUCACAUCAGUGGCAAAUAUGCCUCUCACAGAAGUGCAUCUGGCUGCCCUCUGGCCGCCCGGAGGCAGAAAGAGGGCUCCCUCAAUGGCUCGUCCUUCUCCUGGAAGGCGCUGAAGAACGAGGGGCCAACUUGCCCCACCCCAGGCUGUGAUGGCUCUGGCCAUGCCAACGGGAGCUUCCUCACCCACCGGAGUUUGUCUGGCUGUCCCAGAGCAACCUUUGCUGGAAAGAAGGGAAAACUCUCAGGGGACGAGGUUCUCAGCCCCAAAUUCAAGACCAGUGAUGUGCUGGAGAGCGACGAGGAGAUCAAGCAGCUGAACCAGGAGAUCCGAGACCUGAACGAGUCCAACUCGGAGAUGGAAGCUGCCGUGGUACAGCUGCAGUCCCAGAUCUCCUCCAUGGAGAAGAACUUGAAGAGCAUUGAGGAGGAGAACAAGCUCAUCGAGGAGCAGAAUGAAGCCCUGUUUCUGGAGCUGUCCGGCCUGAGCCAGGCUCUCAUCCAAAGUCUCGCCAACAUCCGCCUUCCCCACCUGGAGCCAAUAUGUGAACAGAAUUUUGACGCCUAUGUGAGCACCCUCACCGACAUGUACUCCAAUCAGGACUGCUACCAGAAUCCUGAGAACAAGGGCCUCCUGGAGAGCAUCAAGCAGGCCGUGAGGGGCAUCCAGGUCUAG